CCGGUGUGCCAGUCGAUCGCGGACGUCCGUCGGGUUCCGUCUCGUCUCGUCUCGUCGCAGUAGAGUCGUCUUCGUCGUCGUCGUCGUCGUUUUCGCGUCGUCCUACCACAUAAUAUAUAUAUAUAUAUAUAUAUUAUAUUAUAUACACAGAGAUAAUAAACGUGCAACCCGAUACCGCGACCGCGUUUCGGUCGGAUUUCCAACUCCGUCGUCGGGGAUUUUCGUCGCAUUCGGGCUCCACGUUUUUUUCUCACUCGCCUCGUACCGUUUACGUAAACAUAACAAAUCGCUAAAAUAAUAACAGUCCAUAAUAUUAUAAUCCUGCCGGUCACGUGCGCAGUGUGUGUUUGUGCGCGCGAACCUUAAGUUUCCUCGGUGGUGUUAUCGAGUCGAACGAACCUAGCCAGCUGCGGCUUCAGCUCUACGAAACGCGAGAAAAACCGACCGGCACGCAUUUCCUGCCGGCCCGGCACUUCCAUUCCUCCGAACGGUACAAUUGUACAAAACAAAUCGCUGAGUGGAAAUACAUUAUUUGUGCUUGCGGCCUGACUACAGAUAUGUUUGAAAACCAUUGUGUUGUAUUGGUUAAUUGGAUAUAAAAAUACGUUACAAUUAAAACUACCUAUAUCUGAGGUGACGUGAAAUGGUACUCAGGUGAUGGACAAACGCCUCGCAAUGAUUCCGUUUGCACUCUCCAGCAAGUCGGUCUAUUAUUGGCUGUGCUUUCUUCUCACAGUUAUCAUAGUACGACCAGCACACACAAAAGAAUGUCGUUCACAGCUUGGUAUGGAGUUCAGCAAAAUUCCAGAUCAUAGAAUUACAGCUAGUUCAUCAUAUGAAGUCAAGUCAGUGGGACCACAGAAUGCACGAAUUCGCCAAGAGAAGAACGGAGGCGCGUGGUGCCCAAAAGCGCAAAUCAGCAGCGAAGUCAGAGAAUAUCUGGAGAUCGACCUGGAUGAAGACCAUCUGGUCACGUGGACCGAAACGCAAGGGCGGUGGGGCAACGGUCAGGGACAAGAGUUCACCGAGGCUUUCACCGUAGAGUAUUGGAGAAGGUCCAUUGGCCGAUGGGUUGAAUACAAAGACUCAAGAGAAGGCAGAGUAUUGCCGGGCAAUGUAAAUACUUAUUUGUCGGUCAAUCAAGAAUUGGAACUGCCAUUUGUGGCGAGUAGAAUACGUUUCGUGCCCUUCAGCGCCCAUCCCAGAACCGUCUGCAUGCGUGUGGAGAUCUACGGGUGUCCGUGGGAACAGAGCGUAGUUAACUAUGUCGCACCCAGAGCCGACACCGAAUUCGAAGACGUCAGCUACGACGGAGACCUGGCGCGGUCACUCAUGACGGGCGGUCUGGGAAUGCUGACGGACAGCUUGUACGGAGCGGACGAUUUCUUGCAGUUCGAUUUGCAAUUCCAUAAACCUCUCAGCAAGAGAUGGGUCGGCUGGUCAAACGAUUCAAUCGGCAAUAAGUUGGAUCUGGUGUUCGAGUUCAACGGGUUCCGCAUGUUCAAAGAAGUGAAAAUACACAGCAGCCAUAUACCGACCAGAGACGUAAAGGUGUUUAGUAUGGCGUUGAUUUACGUCAGCUUGGACGGGGACAAAUGGCAAGAAUGGCCGAUAAAGUUUAGCACAAAGUCGGAGGCCAUUAAGGACACUGCUGUAAACAUAACCAUCAAUCUGAAGAGCAGGGUGGGCCGGUAUAUCAAGAUAUGUCUCUAUUUUUCUGCUCGAUGGAUACUCAUCAGCGAGGUCUCGUUUGAGUCCGAAUUGGUCGCUGCGAACAUAACCGAGGGAUUGUUAUCGCAGUUCUACACGCAAAAGGAAACUGGAUAUGAACUUCGCCAGAGCGGUGAUACGACGCACGCGAGGAAGGAAGUUACUACAGGACCAAGUCCGGGAAACAGCACGCAGACGUACGUGGGCCUGGUCACCGGGUCGCUGGCCAUGACCGUGCUGCUGGUGGCCGGCGUGGCCGUCGGUCUGGCGCUGAAACGUGGCCGGCAGAAGGUCGCGCUGCUCCAGUUCAAGCAGGCCACGCUCGGGGCGCCCAAGCAGCAGUCCAUCAACAUGAAGCACCUGAAGAACGGGUCCAAGACGGCCGUCGGGUCGUCGUCGCUGUACGGCCGGAGCGGGGCAAUGUUGACCGGCGGCAUCGGCGUCGGCGGCGGCCGCGUCGGCGGCGGUCACGUCGGACACGAGUCCGAGGACAGCGACAACUCGUCCGUGUACCACGAGCCGUACAAGCGGCUUCCGUCCGGCAAGAAUCACGAUUACGCGCCGACCACGUUCCUGUUCAAGAAGGACGUGUCGGCGUUGACCACCAGCAAGAGCAGCGAAUACACGGACUUCACGAGCGUCGGCAGUUUCGGGCAGGACGACGUCAAGUACUCGUCGCCUUCGAUGUACACGCUUAACCCGCCGCCGCCGCCCAGCACCAGACCACCGCCGCUCUUGCAACAGCAAUCAGAACAGCUGAACAAAUCGCUGCCGGCCAACCUGCACAACUACUACGCGGCCAUCGACAUAAUCAAAACGGAGCGCAAGGAGCAGCAUUUCACGCCGGGUGUGUUCACGUGCAUGAAGCUGCCGGAAGACAAACAGGACGAGUGCAGUCAAACGUCGCUGUACGAGAUAUCUCGAAACCGACUGCGAGUGAUCGAAAAACUAGGCGAAGGCAAUUUCGGAAUGAUCCACUUAUGCGAAACGGACGGGAUACCCGAGUACAAUGCCACGUCGACGUUCCACAAAAGACAAGUGAUCGUCAAAUCGCUUCGGCGUGGCUGUGGCGAACAAAACAAACAAGACGUGAUGAGGGAGACAAAAUGCUUGUACACCGUCCGGGAUCCAAAUUUGGCACGAAUCGUGGGCGUGUGCAGUCCUGACGAGCCUCUAUGCAUCAUACAGGAAUAUUGCGAAUACGGUGACUUGCCGAGUUUCUUGAAGGUCCAAACUACGGAAUCCACGGAAGCUCAUCCGACAAUCAAUUACGGAUGCUUGCUAUACUUCGCCACUCAGAUCGCAUCGGGCAUGAAACAUUUAGAGGGUAAGGGGAUCGUUCACAGGGACUUGGCCGCGAGGAAUUGCUUGGUGGGCAAAAACUAUUCGCUAAAGAUAUCCGAUCACGCGUUGUACUGCAGUCAAUACGAUUCGGAUUAUUACGUUAGUGACACUAAGUCGAGAUUGCCGAUCAGAUGGAUGUCGUGGGAGAGCCUGCUUCUGGGCAAGUACACGUCGAAAAGCGACGUCUGGUCGUUCGCGGUCACCCUGUGGGAGAUACUCAUGUUCUGCAGCCACCAGCCGCUGGCGGAGCUGACCAACGAACAGGUGGUGGAGAACGCCAACCACAUGUACCUGGCCAACGGCAAGCACAGGUACGCGGAACCGCCGCCCAGCUGCCCUCGCGAAAUGUACGAGAUCAUGGCCGAGUGCUGGAAGCGCGGCGACUCGGACCGGCCGAAGUUCUCGGAGAUCCACCUGUUCCUCCAGCGCAAGAACCUCGGGUACAUACCGGUCAUAUGAUCGGACACGUCCUGCUACAACACUUCCACGACCACCCACCCGGCUAUGCACCCACGCCGCCGCCCCUCGACUAGCGUGGUAGGUACAUCGUCGUAAUAAUAAAACUAUUAUUAUAUCCCUAUAUUAUAACGUCACGCUGCUGUUUUGAAUAUUCGGGCGGGUGCGGCCGGUUACGUCUUUUUCCCGACCUCCCCUCGAACCCCCCCCCCCCCCCACCCCACCCCCAACACGCGGAAACUGUACGAACCACCCCCGUGUGCCCCGUGAUAUUCGAGCAGUGCGCAUCAUAACGCUGCGUAUCCGGAUCGCAUGUCCAACACCCUUCUGAUCCGGAACAUGUAUAUUGUAUAAUGACAUUGCUGUCCCUCGUUUUUCCCGACCGUCGUCCGUUAAGAAUGUUGCACAUUAAACGCUCGUGUGGACACCCAUCGAACGUGUUGUCCAAUCAACGCCGCGGUAAUGAUGAUGAUGAUGAUGAUGAUAACUUUACUAUUAUUAUUGUUAUUACUGUUAUUAUUAUAACUAUUAGUAUUAUCAUUAUUAUUGUUAUGAUUUAUAAGACUGCAUUAGUGUAUACCUAUAAUAAUAAAUUGUAAUCAAACAAUUUUUUUCCCGUAAUGCCAACUCGAUAGUCUCCGGUGUCAAAACUUCAUAUCAGCCAUUACAUAACGUCACAAUAGGUACAAUAACUGCACACAAUAGUUUAGCGCCGAAUACCUAUUACAACGUUCUGUCAAAAAUACAAAACGGGCAAUAUCCAAACCGAAAUAUUCUGUCGAUUCUAAAACCUCCGUUCGGGUCCGAGUUUUAUCCUCUCGUAAUAUUGUCGAAUAAUAUUUUUUUUUUUUUUCAAACAAUCGCAAAGAAAAUAUACUCUAAACUAUAUUACGAAACUAAAAUAAUAUUAUCAUGUUGUUAUUUCUUAACAUCAAAACGGUCAGUGGAAAGAAUCUCGUGUUUUUUUUUUCUUGCCAUACCAUAAUAAUAUAAUAUUAUUAAAUAUUUGAAAUCAUUUUUAUCCGUUGAAUUUCUCGUACCAGACUUUGUGGUUUUAACCUUGUUGUCUGCGGAUUUUUUUCGGUUUUACAUCGUUUGGCUUAGUCGGAAUCCCCGAAUAAUAAUAAUAAUAUUAUGUCUUACGAAAGCCGGACGCUACAACUGUAAUAUAAUACAAUAUUGUAUAUAUCAGUGGUAUGUGCGUGCGCGUGUUGUAGGGGAUGUUUAUCGUUCAAACGCUAUGCCGAGAUAUUUUAUAUUCAUCGUCAUGUGCAUCUCGACUUCUAAGCUCGGUUAUUUCUAGAAUUAUACAAUUUUAUUAUACAUAUUAUUAUUAUAUUAUAGUAUACUAUUAUGUGUGUACUUCAGCUGCCAUUACUAUUUGUACAACAACAUUACUGUAGGUACGCGGUAAUAUUUUACUUGUCCGAUUUCACAUUUGAACAUAAUCAUAAUAUUUUCUAUCCGCCGCCUGUGACCCCGCCACCCACUUUCCCACACCGCCGGUCGGACCGGCAUUAAUUAUUGGCGAUUAAUUACUUAUCGCUAAAUACACCUUAUUUUAAUUGCCAAUGAGAACCAAAUGUAAUCAAUCUAUUUUACACGCAAUGUCUUCCACGAUUCAAUCCGCUUAAUGGCGAAGCACUAUAAACUUGCAGUGCAAAUGAUUUUGUUUCAGCCCCAAAACACACGUGUUGGAAAAUGUCUCUUCCGUAAUAUUACAGUAAUUAUUAAAUUUUUCCAACAUGCAAUUUCUGCAUGUUGUAAAUCUGUACAUACGAUUUUCGAUUUUUAUUUCUUGUACAUAAUAAUAUUAUAUACCUACCCUACAUACUGUUGUACGAGAUCCAGCGUUAGAUCCAAACCCAAAAACUUAAACAGUCUUAAUCAAUUUAUAUACGCUCUCACUUUCACGAACAACGCAUGUAUAUGUACCUAUAAUUAUUUUUAUUUAGGUCUGGACAAAAUAAUUUUUAUACAAAACUAUUUAUAUUUAUUGAAUUUUAAUUGUAUAAAACUCAUGUGGAUAUGUAGUUAAAAUUAUAAGUUAUUUCAUAAAACUAUCCACGUUAUUUCUAUUACUUAUUAUUAUUAUUAAAGUAUAUCAUAUUAUUAUGUUUCUUUAAACGAUAGUAAAUGUAAUACUACUUUACAUGAACUCACUCCAAUGUCUUUCCAAGUAGUUGAAACGGGUAUGACCUAUACGUCACGUGGCAUAUCCUGUUUUAAAUUAAUUUUUAAGGGAUUUACUGUUUUUUCUCCAAAUUUUUUAUUUAUAUUACUAGCGGCGAUGUGUGAUUUUCAAUCAAAUCAUCAUAUUAUCAUCGCGUCGACCUAAAUUUAUAUUGUACAUACAUUUUCUCAUAUUUUCCAACUAUACCUCUAGGAUCUUUUUUAUGUUUUGUAUUUAAUUUAUAUAUAUUAUAUUGGUUGAAAUAAUAUUAAAACUAUAUGAUUUCAAUGUAUUAAGCUCAAAAGUGGAUUAGCUGAGCUCGUGUAAAAUGCAAUAAAUCGUACAUAUUAUAUUAAAUAUAAACUAAUUUAACGUGCAAUUUAAAAUAAAGUGGUGCCAAUAUCUGUUAUUAUUUUAGCUAAACAAUCGGUCGAGUAUAAACCCAAAAUUUUAUUUCAAAAACAAUUUAUUAUAAUAUUUCAGAUUUUUUUUUUUUUUUGGAAGAGGUGUAUAUAUACAUUAUUAUAUUUUUUGAAUUUGCAUAUCAUAUAUAAUAUACAUACAUAUAUAUAUAUAUAUAUAGUUUAGUACGCGUUUUUCUCCGAACUUUCCAAAAUAGCAUAAAUUCCUCGGCAUUAAACCCCUAAUUUUGAUUUACGAUAUAAUUUAAUUUAGGCCGCGGUCACGCGACGGCGAAAAUGAUAAAAUGGCACUUUUUAAAGGGUGACAUGAAAUGGUGUGUAAAUAAUAAUACUAUUACAUGGAGGGUAUAAUCAAUUGCCCACGUUGCUAAGAGACAAUCAAUCUCUAAACACUUUUUGGUCUAUAAAAUUUUGUAAAAAAAAAAAAAAUUAUACAUAUUUAUAAUAUUUAUAUAUAUAUAUAUAUAUCAAUAAUAAUAAUGAUAAUAAUAACGAAAUCCCAGCGCACAUUUAAAUAUAUUAUAUAUAACGCCGAAGGAACACAAUGCUGUUUUCUUCGACUUCAGUUGUAACCUGAUCAUCAACAACUAGGAAGAGCUAUUCGUUCCCUAUACAAUAUGAACUUGCAAUAGGUAGUAUAAUACUUAUACGUAUAAGACAUAAUAUUACUAAUUUAUUUGCAUUAGGCGAUUUGUAAAAAAAAAAAUAGUUUUUAAUAUUAUAUAUAUAUAUAUAUAUAUAAAUAAAUAAUAAAUAUUAUGUUUAAGUAUAAUAUACAUUAUAUUAUAUAAACUUAAAAUUCAAAUGUAUUUGCAUAAUGUAUUUUCAUUGACUAUAUUGUUGUUUAAUUAUCUUUAGGAAAUAUAAAUCAGUAUUAUUAACAUUCAUCUGUCUAUGAAAAACGAAAAAAAAAAAUGUUAUUUAAUAAAUAUGUAUGUAUACCUUUA